AUGGCGGGCCUGGAGCUGGCCUUGGCCUUGGCCGGGCUGCUGAGCCUGCCGUCGGCCAGCGGCCUGCCCUUGCGCCCCGGCCCGCGGGAAGAGGUUCUGGCGGCGGCCUUGCAGAGGCUGCGCGAGGUCUUCGACAUCGAGGAGCUGCCGCCCGAUGUCCUUCCCCGCAAGAAGCCGCCCCAGUUCAUGGUCGAUCUCUUCAACAAGGUGGCUGACCCCAACGGCAUCACCCGCGCUCCGGGGCUGCUGGAGAGCAACGUGGUGCGCAGCUUCGAGGACCGAGUUCACCUGGACCAGUACCGCUUCUACUUCGACAUCAGCGCGAUGGAGAAGGGUGAGCAGAUGCUGAAAGCAGAGUUCAGGGUCUUCAAGCUGAAGAGGCCACACGUGUCUUUGAGGUCUGACAUGAAACACUUCUGCAAAGUGGAAGUGUAUGAGCUCUUGGAGAGUGGAAGCAAGCCACAAAAAAAACAUCUCGUUGCUUCAAGAUUAUUGUCCAUGUACACAGAAGGCUGGGAAGUAUUCAAUGUCACGCAGACAGUUUCCAAGUGGGUUGGAAACAGCAGCUCCAACCAUGGCUUUCUGAUAACUGCAACACAUGUAUUCAACAAUAGAAUUGAGCACAACCUGAUUAAGUUUGCUAAGAGCCAGGGCACUUUGCAGGAGAGUAGAAAUGCUCUCCUUGUCCUCUUCACCAACAGUAACAAACAGAGGCCUCCCAGCUUCAUACCCUCUGCCACAAAACCGGAGAUGAAACCUGCCAAAAAUGUUGUUUCACGAGUGCCUCGCAAAGCUCAGGUCAUCGAAAGCAGAAAUGCAGGCAUGAGCAGGAGACCUCGAGCUGCUGAAAUCCCUUCUGCUAAAAGCCAGGUAACAGUUUGUCAUCGAAGGGAACUCUACGUUGACUUCCAUGCUAUUGGCUGGUCAGGAUGGAUUAUUUACCCAAGUGGAUACAAUGCAUUUUAUUGCAGAGGAUCCUGUCUCUUCCCCUUGGGGGAAAGUCUAAAUGCAACAAAUCAUGCUACAGUUCAGUCCAUAGUCCAUACACUUAAACUGUCUCAAGAUAUCGGCACACCUUGCUGUGUGCCAGAUGAAUUGAAGUCCCUCAAUCUCCUCUACUUUGAUGACAAAGAGAAUGUGGUCCUUAAAAAUUAUAAAGACAUGGUGGCAACAAGGUGUGGUUGUCAUUAG